AUGCGAACAUUUUCCAUACAGAACAAACAAUUCAUCUUCUGUUCCACUUUCAGUCCAUUAUCACUUCCAGUUUCUCAUGGUUAUUCACAACUCACAUCUUUUCAACCAUUUUCUAAUCUUAACCCUAUAGAAAGUGUACCUGUUUUAGAUCCAACUCCAUCAAGUCCUCUUGGCAUUCUUAGGAAUCAUUCACCUCCAAUUACCAACACACAGUCCACAUCAGAGAAUACCUCUACACCCUCAUUUCACACUGGCAGCCCCAAUUACUCCUCUGCAGACACUUCUGUUGAGAACCAAAUUGUUUUUCUUCCCCACAGAUCCAGCAAAGUCAAGAAACAACCAUCAUACCUUGAAGACUACUACUAUCAGCAAGCUCUUGUGCCUCAUCCUUCUCAAGAGAAUUCCACAAGCUCCAAGAAAUCAGGUCAUCCUUAUCGCCUAGCCUCUUUCUUAUCCUAUGACAAAUUGUCACAUGACUAUGCAGCAUUUGCUACAUCAAUUCCGGAUAACAGUGAACCACAGACAUACCAUCAAGCUUUGAUUGCUGAGUGGAGGGAAUGGCCUGUGGUAAAGAUUAGAUGCUUGGCAUGGAAAGCAGUUCCUCUCUUCUGGUACUGUCCAGAAGUGCAUAUCAGUGACAAAGGUCAUUUAAUUCGGACUUGUGGUGGUUACAAGCACCGUGCCAAGAACCAGGUUCAUGAAUGGAUUGAGGGUGGCUUGAAUGAUAUACUUGUCCCUGUGGAGACUUUUCACCUACAAAAGAUGUUCCAAAAUGUAAUUAAACACAAUCAAAGAUUUGACUUUGACCGUAUUCCUGCAGUCGUCGAGCUAUGCUUGCAGGCAGGAAUUGAUCCAAGUGAUGAAAGUCUACACUCUAGCAGUUUAAAUCCGUACAGUGCUGGGGGUGUUAUUGGUGGAGCUGAAUCUUUAUCUCCUGAUGAUCUGAGGUUGAUUGCCAGAGGAACGUUGACUGCAUGGGAGACGCUUAGAUCCGGGGUGCAGAAGUUGCUGUUGGUUUAUCCUGCAAAGGUUUGUAAAUUCUGUUCAGAAGUUCAUGUGGGGCCAUCUGGGCAUAAAGCCAGGCUUUGUGGGGUGUUUAAAUAUGAGAGCUGGCGUGGAGCUCACUUCUGGAAGAAAGCAGAGGUGGAUGAUUUAGUUCCUUCGAAAGUCGUGUGGUUCCGGCGGCCUCAGGACUCCUCCGUUCUUGUGGAUGAAGGGCGAAAUUUUUAUGGACAUGCCCCAGCUGUGGUGGAUCUGUGCACAAAGGCUGGUGCACUUGCACCAGCUAAGUACCGUUGUGUCAUGAAGAUCGAGGGCUUAUCAGCACCUACUGGAGCCAAAUGCUGA